AUGGAGUUCUGGCCGCUGGGAGUGCGUCUAGCACCGCCCGCCGACUCGCUCGCAGCGCCCGAAGCGGAUGUGCAGCGUCUGGUGUGGGCCGUGGCCGGAGUGUUCGUCGCCGCGUCGGUCGUGUCGUCCGCGCUGCUGAUUCGCGGCCACCUCAACCACUUCACCAAGCCCAUUGUGCAGAGCAAGAUUGUGGGGAUUCUGUGGAUGGUGCCGAUCUACGCGACGGACUCGUGGUUGUCGCUGCGUUUCAAGGACGCCGCUCUGUAUCUGGACCUGAUGCGCGACUCAUACGAGGGCUACGUGAUCUACCUAUUCCUGGCGCUGAUGAUCGCCUACCUGGGCGGUGGCAGCAACGAGAGGGUGCUCACCACGAUGAGGGGACUGCCGGACCUGGAGCACCCGUGGCCCUUCAACCGCUGGUUCCAGCCCAUUCAGAUGGGGCCGGGCUUCCUCCGAGACUGCAAGAUGGCUACGAUGCAGUUCGUGGUGGUCAAGCCCAUGAUGGCCUUCGUGGCCAUUGUGCUCAGGGUCAACGGGUUGUACGACCAGGGCAACUUCAGCGCCAAGAAGGGCUACCUGUACACGAGCCUGAUGGUCAACGCAUCCAUCACGUACGCGUUCUACUAUCUGGUGUUGUUCUACUUGGCACUCAGCAGACAGUUGGCGCCGUACAACCCCGUGCCCAAGUUCCUGUGCAUCAAGGCGGUGCUAUUCCUGUCUUUCUGGCAGAGUGUGGUGCUGGCCUUCCUGUCGCGCUUCCAGAUCAUCCACGAGCUUGGGUCCUGGAGCGUCGAGAAUGUCACGACGGGCAUCCAGAACUUGCUCAUCUGCUUUGAGAUGUUCUUCGUGGCUCUAGCGCACCACCGCGCGUUUCCCUACAAGCCGUACGUGCACGGCAACCCGGCACUGCGGACCAGUAUCUUGGCCGACCACCUCGCUUUCGAAGACGCCAUGCGCGACUUCAAUGAGGUCAUGCCGGUGGUGCUCCCAACUGCGUUCAAGCCUGGUGCUGCCACGCUCAAGGCCAAGAAGAAGUACGACCUCAUUCACCCGAGAGACCUCUUCGCCACGGAGACUGUGGGGCUGCUAAGUGAUGACGGGGCUACAUCCGAUGCAGAGAGUGAGCCAUCCUUGGACUCGAGGGGAUCCAAAAGGUCCAAGAGCUCCAACCCUGGAGGAAAGGCGGUGUCGCGCGGUUGGAAGUUGUAG